AUGCGUUGUAUUGAUAAAAUGUUGGAAAUGGCGUUGGAAGUGGUUUUGCGGUGGAUGUCGAAUAAAGUGGAGAUAAGACGAGGGAGAGGCGGUGGAGGGGUCGCAGGGGCGGUUCAAUGGUUGGCUGAGCUCUUACUGACGGUGAAUAGGAACGGGUUUAUUUUGGUGGCGACGGUUUUGGUGUUAGCUGAAUUAUUGGUGUGUAAUUUGGUGAUUUGGAGAGUGAAGUAUACAGAAAUAGAUUGGUCGACUUACAUGCAGCAGGUGGAGUGUUUUACGAAGCGGGGAAUCAGAAAUUAUUCGGAGAUUGGGGGUGAUACGGGGCCGGUGGUAUACCCAGCAGGUCAUUUGAUAGUGUAUGGUGUGCUGAGUACGGUGACUGAGGGUGGUAAGAAUAUCAGAUUGGGACAGUAUAUAUUCGAGGGAUUGUAUGUGGUGACGUUGGUUUUGGUGUUUAGGAUUUAUUACAGAAGUGGGAGGAUACCUCCGUUUGUAUUGCUGUUAUUGUGUUGUAUAUCGUAUCGAAUUCACUCGAUAUUUAUUCUGCGAUUGUUUAAUGACCCGGUGGCGAUGUUGUUGUUUUAUAUGGCAUUGAACAUGUGGAUCGAUGGGAGGUGGGUAUUGGGCUGUAUUUUGUACAGGUGA